GAUUGUCUCAUCCCCUUUUCGAUAACAGUCAGCAGGCACAUCUCUGUUCAUUUUCAGAAACAACUAUUAAGAAAAACAACAUCCAUUUGUUUGUUUAGAUCAAACUAGUGCGAAAUCCAGAGCGGUUUCGGAAUUAAAAAUCAAAGUCCCUAGAAAGAAGACCGGCGAGAAUGUCCUGGCAAAGUGUUCCCCAGUACCCCCAAUACCAAGAUCCCAACCAGCAGUACAACUACGGCGGAGGCUAUCCACCUCAGGGAGGAUAUGGCGGUGGAUAUCCGCCUCAGGGGGGCUACCCGCCGCAAGGACCCCCUGGGGGCUAUCCGCCCUAUGGGGGAGGUGCCCAACCCUAUCCACAGCCCUACGGACAGGGGCCUCCGCCCGGGGGUUAUGCCCCCCAGCCGGGAUUUAUUCAACCACCGCCGUCUGCUGGUGGCUAUGGAGCCUACGAUGAUCCGGAGAGCCAGCCCAAGAACUUCUCCUUUGACGACCAGAGCAUCCGACGCGGAUUCAUACGCAAGGUGUACCUGAUUUUGAUGGGCCAACUCCUUGUCACUUUUGGAGCUGUCGCCCUGUUUGUGUUUCACAAGGGCACCAAGGAGUUCGCCGCUAGGAACAUUUGGCUGUUUUGGGUGGCUCUGGGCGUGAUGCUUGUGACCAUGCUGUCCAUGGCCUGCUGCGAGAGUGUGCGUCGCCAGACGCCAACGAACUUUAUAUUCCUGGGUUUGUUUACGGUUGCUCAAUCGUUCUUAAUGGGAGUUUCAGCCACCAGAUAUGCGCCACAAGAGGUUCUUUUGGCAGUAGGCAUAACGGCUGCGGUCUGUCUGGCUCUAACGAUCUUCGCCAUGCAGACCAAAUAUGAUUUCACUAUGAUGGGCGGCAUCCUCAUCGCCUGCAUGGUGGUUUUCCUGAUCUUUGGCAUCGUGACCAUAUUCGUAAAGGGAAAGAUCAUCACACUGGUGUAUGCCUCGAUCGGAGCGCUGCUCUUCUCCGUUUACCUCAUAUACGAUACGCAGCUGAUGAUGGGCGGCGAGCACAAGUACUCAAUCAGCCCCGAGGAGUACAUCUUUGCGGCGCUGAAUCUCUACCUGGACAUCAUCAACAUCUUCAUGUACAUUCUGACUAUCAUCGGUGCAUCGCGCGACUAAGUGCCGCUCUAUUUCCAUGUAUUGUUUACAAUUUAACCGGAUUUAGCUUUAACCGGAAAACGAAUAUUGUUGUCGCGUAAUCUCAUCGGUAUUUACAUCCUUCCCCAGUGGAGGCAAUCUUCAACUAACGAACUACUAUCUACGAUCUAUAUAUUUCUCGUUGCGUUUGCCAAUUUCCGGUUUCCUUCUAGUUCUAAACGUCAGUUAAGGGUAAAUGAACUUACUUGCUUUUCGUUAUGUAUUUGUAUUCUUGCUUAAGUUGAAGUACGAAUCUAGUGAAUGUUUUCAAAAUUCCCAAAAAAAAUAUAGAUAUAUGUAUACCAAAUGAUAUGCCAUUCAGAUACACAAACCACAAUAAAUAGUCACGUAUAAGCAUAUUUAUGUGAGAAUAUAUAAGCAACAAGGCUUGCAAUUGUUAACAAACGAAACAUUUAACCGUGUGUAAUCACCAAGGAAUCCCGAUUUUUGAAAAUACGACUCAACGAACAUUGUAAACCGUGCAGCGACACUGAGUUUAAAGUCAACAAUAAAGCGCAUCUAUUUAUUAAA